AUGCCGGCCACCUGCUCGGACAUUCUUAAGAUCAUCCUCGCCGUCAUCUUCCCGCCUCUUGGUGUCUUCCUUGAGCGUGGAUGCGGUGUUGACCUCCUCAUCAACAUUCUCUUGACCUGUCUUGGUUACAUCCCUGGUACGUUUUCCUCGCUCGAUUCGUCGUCGCAUCCUUCUCAGUUCAAGCUCGCAGUUGCUUUGCGCUCUCCGUGUGUGCUUCAGACAUAG